GGAAAAUGAAGCGACCUUUUGGAAAAAAAAAAACGCUUUCUCACACCCUUCUUCUUCGACUUCUGUCCGUCCCCCUCUUCGCCAUCUCAUUCCUCAUCUCAUUCCUCAUCUCAUCCUUGACUUCCGCAUUCCAAUGUCGACACUAGACAUUACUGAGCAACCCGACCUCUCCAAACGGCCCGCCACUCCAAAUGGUAAACCCCAUGUCUUGAUCGUUGGUGCCGGUCUCGCGGGUCUUAUGCUCGCCCUCCUCCUGGAGAAAGCCGACAUUCCUUACCAAAUCUUUGAGCGUGCUGCUAAAAUUCGGCCACUGGGGUCCGCGCUUUCGCUUGGUGCGAACAUCUUGCCUGUCUUCGAGCAGCUCGGUUUGCUCGAGGAGAUUGAAAGGAUCUCCUUACCAGUCUAUGAGCAGAAGCUCUAUGAUGGCAACAUGAAGAACAUUGGCAGUAUGACGAUGAGGGAAUACAAAGAAUUCACCGGAUACGACACAUUCAUCUUUGCGCGUCCUCGACUCUACGAGGUGAUGUUUGAUCGUGUCCCUGCCGAAAAGGUCUUCAUGAACAGAAAAGUCCUCGCCCUCGAGCAGAACCAUCUGGGUGUCAUGAUCCGUUGCAAUGACGGGUCUCAGUACCAUGGCGACAUUCUCAUUGGAGCCGAUGGCGCCUACUCUAGCGUGCGGCAGGCAUUGUACAAGAAGAUGUUAGCCAAGAAUGUACUGCCAAAAUCAGACAAUGAAAGCCUUGCCCCAUCAUUCGUUACCACGGUUGGCGUCACCGAUCCAGUAGAUCCCGAGAAGUACCCUGCGUUGAGGGAAUCUACCGUGAACUUUUCGCAGGUCAUUGGUGGCCAGCUUAUGAGCUGGGGCACCCUCACUAUCCCUGACAACCGUAUCUGCUGGGGCGCCAGUUUGCAGCUCACAAGCGAGACUGAGUCCAAGGAGCAGCAAUUCCGCAACUCUGAAUGGGGCCCGGAAUCGAUCGAGAGCUCGCUCGCACUGUUCCGAGACUGCCGUGUGCCCAUCGGUGGCACUUUAGGCGACCUCAUGGACGCAACCCCCAAGGACUUGAUCUCGAAGGUGUAUCUCGAGGAAAAGUUGUUUGAGACAUGGCAUUACGGACGCACAGCAUUGGCUGGCGAUGCUUGCCACAAGAUGCUGCUGAGUGCUGGCCAGGGUGCCGUAAAUGCCAUGCAGGACGCGGUCGUUUUGGCUAAUGUUAUCUAUGAUCUCGAAUCAACCACUCAGGAGGCGAUUGAAGCAGCGUUUCUGGACUAUCGCACUCAGCGUUAUCCCCAUGCAAAGUACCAGUACAUUAAUAGCAAGUUGGUCUCCAAGCUAAUGACUGGCCAGGUAAAGCGCUACUUUCUUUCAUGACUUGCCUCUAUAAAUGCUUUUGACGGUAGCUAAUAUAGCAUCUCUAUGCUUACAGAAAUGGAGCGAGAGGAUGAUGCGCCAAGUUGUGUUCAACUACCUGCCAGACUGGGUCAGAAUGAGAGGUUUUGUCAAAUCGGGAGCAUACAGACCCCAGGCUAGCUUCUUGCCAUAUAUUACUAGGCGUGGCACAGGCGAUGUAAUGCCACAAAAGCCCUCUAAGAAAGGUCUGAAGGAGAAAGAACAAGGCGCACCAAUCGCUGGAGUGAUAACUGUUUAGAGACGCAGGAAUAAGCAGCCCAUAUACCACACAUGCCUCACUAAGAUUUAAUAAACAUCAGUCGUACUAAGAA